AUGUCGAGUCCGGACUCCGAAGAUGUAUUUCCUCCGGGGACAACCAAGCUUGAAGAACGACAAGGACUCGAGUCAGAAUUUAAGCUAAGUCCCACCCCCUCCGAUGAUCCCGAUGACCCUUUGAACCGGUCGCCUUUAAGGAAAGCCGUCAACUUUAGCCUGACCUGUUCGUAUGUCUUCUUCACCUUUGUGCUGGUGGAUUUCAAUAGCUUGGCCUAUCGAGGCUACAUGUCAGAGCUGGGUUUGACCUAUGCGACCUUCAACCAGGCGAGUGGGUCGAAUUUUGCCGGACUGGCGAUCGGAUGCCUCUUUUUUAUCCCCUGUGUUCACAGGUUUGCGGGACUCGCUGGCUCUAUCAGCGAGGCUGUGGUCGUGAUCACUAUUGUGGACCUUUUCUUUGUCCAUCAGCAUGCGCGUAUGAACGGCAUCUUUCUGUUCAUGCGGAGCUUGGGAUCCACAGGUGACCCGAUCGCAGCCGGGUAUAUUGUCGUCUCGAUGGGCUGGCGCUGGAUGUGGUGGAUGAUCGCCAUCUUCCUGGGCGUCAACCUCAUCUUGGUCCUGUUCUUCUUCGAGGAGUCGAAAUACAUUCCGCUCGUUAAGAUUGCGGAACCGUCUACCCUGCGAGUGGCUAUGCCUUCAACGGUCGAUGCCCGUCGCUGCCGCAAGUCAAUUCGGCAACGCCUGGCGUUCGUCACCAAGACGGACAUGCCAGUAGCCCAGCACUUUUAUCAGCCGCUGCUUAUUCUAUUUUCAUUCCCUGCUGUAGCGUACACCGCCGUCACAUACGGCACCAUUCUGGCAUGGUUUUCUGCGAAUGCUUCAUCCGGCUCUUACUUCCUCUUGGACGAACCCUACAGGUUUAGCCCGUCCGCAAUUGGCCUUUUCCACCUAGGUGGAUUUCUAGGGACAUUCAUCGCGACUCUCACCAUUCCGGCCCUCAACGACUGGUUCGUUGUUCGAGCAGCGAAGAAGAAUGGGGGAAUCUUCGAGCCGGAGAUGCGUCUCGGGAUGAGCAUCCCAGAGGCUCUCUUGAACUGCGCCGGCUUACUACUUUAUGGGAUUGGGCUGGGAAGAGGUUUGCAUUGGGCGGUGCGCGCCGUGGGUCAAGGAAUAUAUGGAUUCGGAUUUAUCAUCACUGCGGAUGUGGCCCUGACGUAUCUUACUGACUGCUAUCCCGAUAUACUUGGUGAUGCGUUGAUUGCCAUUGUGUUCAUUCGUAAUGGAUUUGCAAUGGUAGUUCGCUUUGCCUUCACCCCUUGGAUCACUGGCAUGGGCAUCCAAAAUACCUUUAUUGUCAUCGGCAUGCUGGCUCUCCGCACUGUGACUUUGCCGAUUUUAUUGAUGGUGUAUGGUAAGAGGGCCCGCGCACGCACGGCCAAUAUGUACCGGAAAUAUGCGACACGGCAACCAGUCCAUAGGAAGGCUAUGCAACUUCCUGUAGGAUGGAAUUUGGAGAGGGUUCAAGGACCUUCUAACUAA